AUGGCACAACAGCAGGUCCCUGCGCUACCAGUGGCGGAAAAUCUGCACGCAAUGCCGAUUGUCGUGGAUUUUUCCGGAGGCCUAGAGAUGCUCUUUUCAGAUCAAAAGCGUCACAAGUUGGCGAUCCCCAUCAAGGAUCAGGAUGGCAAGUCCGUCACAGUGGCGUUUCUGAUUGAGUACCUAUGCGAGAACAUCAUGAAGGACAGCCGGAAAGAGCUGUUCGUAUUAGAUGGCCACCUCCGGCCGGGCAUCUUGUGUCUCAUCAACGAUGCUGAUUGGGAGUUGGAGGGCGAAGAAGGUUACAAGUUGCAGAGUGGUGACAACAUUCUGUUCGUGUCGACGUUGCACGGCGGCUAG